CCUGCUGGUCGCAAAUGCACUAUGUUGGUUUUCUCAUGGUGCGGCUCAUAUCGACAUAAAAUCUAUAUUAAUUUUCAUCGUCUGGCACAAAUUAUUAAAAAGUUUUGAGUGUUCUUAGAUAUGGAGAUUAACCCUGAACCUGCUAAAUUUCUAAAUUGGACUGGUCCAUUUUUCAAUUUGGGCAAUACCAUUUAUUAUUUGAAGCGGUGUUCACUCAAAAUUUACUGACUGAAUAACGGACAGUGCAGACUAGGAUCAGCCUGCACAUCUGCGCUGGUCGAAAAGUCAGAGCCACUUGCCGCCAGCAGUUUAAAGGUUUAAAGAUUAUCUUAGAACCAAAGGAUCUUCAUUACUUGAAGAUAUUGUAGGUCUUUAUACUCUCACUUUUUCAGGCCAAGUGUUUUCAAUAUGACCCGAAUAACGAAUCUAAAAUGAGUAAUUUCUCAAAAAGUCAUUUGCCGGAGAUCCACUCCUAUCCAAAAUUUCAUUAAAUAUGCAAAGUAUUUUAGAUACUCAAGUCUGGACACACAAUUUAUUCAAGGUUUACAUUCUUUGUAAAGGCCAGGGUGACUUGUGUAUUGCUCACGUCUUUUUAAAAUAGUUGGCAAUCACCAUAACAUAUUCCGGACAUCUGUGUUUACGGUUAGCCUAAAGAUCAAACAACACAAAUCGUAGAAAGAAAGGGUUCUUUUAUAAAAAAAAUGGGACAGCAUGUAAAACAUGUAAACUAUAUUACAUCUACGAAACAAAAUUGUUAGUAUACAUUGUUAAUACAUUGUAUUCCAGAAAAGGACUGCAUAAAGGGGUCUCACUUUCUGACAAUUCAACGCCUUUAAAAACUCACCAUUUUCAACGAACUGUUACACAUCGUCGUUUUGAUGCAUUUGCAAUAAUGUCCCACCCACGUAACUUAGUGGAACAAUUUCUUUAAAACUGUCAUUCACUUUUAAAGAGGGACAACGUUUUAAGAAUAUUUUAAGUAUCCAUCGUACCAGGCAGUAGAAUAGUACAUGUAAUUGUCAGGUAGUAUCUACAAACAUAGACAUAAGGCCAGUUCUGGUUAGUUUUUUUUAAUUAUUUCAAAGGAUCCAUGUUGGAACUGAGUUCUAUUAGCUCAAAUCCGUUGCUACAUGUAGCUAGAUUUCGUACGUUUAUUGAAGAAUACAAUCCUAUAAUGUAAGCACAUUAUAAUUAGAGGAUAUAAAAUGAGUGUCUUUUUAUUCUAGUUGAAUAAAAUGCAAGACUCUGCCGAGCAUCUUAUCAUUUGUAAUCAACGAGUUUAAUGAACUUAUUUUGGGAGACACAAAUAUAAUAUUCUUUUAAUCAGUCAUGUAAGCUUCUACUGCUGAAACGUCUGUUUCUUCAUUCUGUGCAUUUAAACCCUUAGCCUGCUAAAUUUCUAAAAUUGGACUGUUCCAUCCUUUCAAUUUUGGGCUGCUAAAUUUCUAAAAUUUGACUGUUCGAUCCUUUCAAUUUUGGGCCAUAUCACUUAUUAUUCGAAGGGGUGUUCACUAAAAAUUUACUGACUGAAUAGUGAACAGUGUAGACCAGGAUCGCAUUGUGGUGAUGCGUAAUGAAGCGGAAAAUACCGACUGUAAUUACAUGUCUUCCAGUCUGAAAACUAUGUGGAAAUCUUCUGCGUUAGUCUCGCAGUAAACCUGUGACAAAUAAGAAAUACAACUAUCAAAUAUUUGGUUCAUUAUAUUCAUAAUAUCUAAUAUUUCAUGGACUUAGCUAUGUUGUUUUGAAAAUUAAACAUUUUGAUGACAUUGGAGACAUGACCUUAAAGUUCUUGUGCCUUUACCAAGUUUCAGACAGACAUGUAAACGUUUAAAAUUUCUUAUCUUAACUGAUCGAUCUACUGUCAGGUCAUACGUUCAUAUAUGUGAUUAUCUUUGCCUUGUACGUCUACAUCGUGACAGUACAUAUGCAUGUCACUUGUUAAAAUGCCGUAAAGUGUUACAUUAUAUUAUCUAGUGUAUAGUAAAAUUAGGAAUUUUGUACAGACAAUAUAUCUUCAUCAUAGACUUAUAAACAUAGCUAGUUGAAUUAAUUGUUUUGUGUAUGUAUAAGGAAUUCAUAAAUAGUUCGAGUGAUAUACAUCUCCUAAUUUGGUAAAAGAAAGCUCCGUUAAAAGAUGACAGCUAAAGCUCUGUUUUCAGUUAUUGUCAUUGCCAGUUGUUUUGUGAAAGCUAUACAUGGGCUUUACUGCUUGCAGUGUGACGAUGUUCCCAGUGCUCGAGAUUGCCAUACAAUCAAAAAAUGUGCAGCUGCUGAGGUGUGCUAUUCAACACAAAUUGUAUCAACUAGCGGACACGUAUACAGGAGAAUGGGCUGCCGAGAUAAAAUGCAAUGCACGAGUGGGAUUGUGGGUAAGAGAUCAAGUAGAAUAGAAGCUGGUGAUCUUCCAGUGUGUGAUGGAUGCUGUGAUUCGUUGUUCUGUCAGUCAAACCUUUGUCAAGACCAAGCUAUACAUGGGCUUUACUGCUUGCAGUGUGACGAUGUUCCCAGUGCUCGAGAUUGCAAUACAAUCAAAAAAUGUGCAGCUACUGAGGUGUGCUAUUCAACACAAAUUGUAUCAACUAGCGGACACGUAUACAGGAGAAUGGGCUGCCGAGAUAAAAUGCAAUGCACGAGUGGGAUUGUGGAUAAGAGAUCAAGUAGAAGAGACGCUGGUGAUCUUCCAGUGUGUGAUGGAUGCUGUGAUUCGUUGUUCUGUCAGUCAAACCUUUGUCAAGACCAAGCUAUACAUGUGCCUUACUGCUUGCAGUGUGACGAUGUUCCCAGUGCUCGAGAUUGCAAUACAAUCAAAAAAUGUGCAGCUACUGAGGUGUGCUAUUCAACACAAAUUGUAUCAACUAGCGGACACGUGUACAGGAGAAUGGGCUGCCGAGAUAAAACGCAAUGCACGAGUGGGAUUGUGGGUAAGAGAUCAAGUAAAAGGUAUGCUGGUGAUCUUCCAGUGUGUGAUGGAUGCUGUGAUUCGUUGUUCUGUCAGCCAAACCUUUGUCAAGACCAAGGCUUUAACAAAGACCGAGGACCAAUUUGUUUUAAAUGCGACCAUGUGGCGAACGGAGACAACUGCACACAAAUAACUGAAUGUGGGCGAGAUCAAACAUGUUAUUCAGGAAUUACACUGUCUCCAGGAGGAAGUAUUUUGACAAAGUUAGGCUGUUAUUCUAAAAGUGCAUGUAAUAUUCUGAAAGCAAGUAUUGGUACCGGGCAUUCUGCAUCCUCAUGCUGGGACUGCUGUGACUCUGAUCUCUGUAACACCGGAUGUGGGACACAGACUGCCUCUUUCUCAACUAAAGUACCCGUCACACAGAAACCUAAUGCGGCAAGUAUACAUGGAGAUAUACAUUGUCUGCAAUGUUCUGAUGUAGUCAGCGCGCGUGAUUGUUACCAGGUAAAGAAAUGUGGACCACAUCAGGUGUGCUAUUCAACCACAGUGGUUUCAGCAACCGGUCGUAUUUUCAGGGAAAUGGGUUGUCGAGAUAGAGUACAAUGCAGCAAAACAAUUGUGGGGAAAAGAUCACCCUCCCGAAGUACGGGGGAUACUCCUAUCUGUGAUGAAUGUUGUGACAUUAGCAUAUGCCAACCAAAGCUCUGUCAGGACAAAGAUUACGCUGCAGACCGAGGACCGAUGUGUUUCAAGUGUGAUGAACGAGCGAAAAAUGAUCCAUGUGACCUAGUAACUGAGUGUGGUAGGAACAGUGUAUGCUUCACAUCGUUUAAAGUUAUGCCGUCAGGAAGUCUUGGAUUACAAACCGGUUGUUUUACCAAAUCCAUUUGUGCCAGUCUGUCAGCUGCCGGUAACUUACAUUACACAAACAAAACAUGCUUCAAAUGCUGUGAUACAGACCUGUGUAAUACAGACUGUGGAAACCAUUCUGCCUCCUCCAUGCAUGUAGCUGGAGCAACUAAACAAACUUCCGCUUCCCACUGUGUUGAUACAACUCCACAGGCGACCUGUCAGGUGGCAUCCUCUUUUGUCUGUCAAGACAGAAUACAUGCACAGAAUGCGAACUGCAUGCAUUUCUGCGGAUUUUGCUGAAUAUGUUUGUGACAUAUAAACCAAAUACAAGACAAUUACAAUUUACGAUAAAUGAUUGUUAUAUUUGUUUUGAUUCAACUUCUGUCUGAAAAAGUUUAUUUACCAAAUAAACUAGACGUAAUCAUCCAUUAUUAGUGAAUAUAUUUAAGAAAUGAUUUUUAUUUCGGUGUUCAUACGAAAUGAACGACAGAAUAUGAUCUGCAAAUC